CACUGAAGAACAAAAAAGAAAAACAAUGUUGGCAGCUACAGUCCCUACAGACGAGCAUGUGCACUCCACAUUUGCUUCUAGAUACACACGCAGCCCUGUUCCCAGGUUCCGUAUGCCAGAAAGGUCGAUGCCGAAGGACGCGGCGUACCAAGUGAUACACGACGAGCUUAUGCUCGACGGAAACCCGAGGUUGAACUUGGCUUCGUUCGUUACGACAUGGAUGGAACCCGAGUGUGAUAAGCUUAUGAUGGCUGCCAUCAAUAAGAACUAUGUUGACAUGGAUGAAUACCCUGUCACCACUGAACUCCAAAAUCGAUGUGUCAACAUGAUUGCGAACCUGUUCCAUGCUCCGGUUGGGGAGGAAGAGACGGCCGUAGGUGUGGGGACUGUUGGUUCCUCCGAGGCUAUAAUGCUGGCCGGAUUGGCUUUUAAAAGGAGGUGGCAACAUAAGAUGAGGACGGAGGGAAAAUCGACUGAGAAACCCAACAUAGUCACGGGAGCUAAUGUACAGGUUUGCUGGGAGAAGUUUGCUAGGUAUUUUGAGGUAGAGCUGAAGGAAGUGAAGUUGAAAGAAGGAUACUACAUUAUGGACCCGGUACUAGCCGUGGAACUAGUGGAUGAGAACACCAUAUGUGUAGCAGCCAUUCUCGGAUCGACACUGACCGGAGAGUUUGAGGACGUGAAGACGUUAAACGACCUCCUCAUGAAGAAAAACGAGGAGACCGGUUGGAACACCCCGAUCCACGUCGACGCGGCUAGCGGAGGAUUCAUCGCUCCGUUCCUUUACCCGGAUCUCGAAUGGGACUUUCGACUACCAUUGGUUAAAAGCAUCAAUGUUAGUGGCCACAAAUACGGGCUCGUAUAUGCUGGUGUUGGUUGGAUUGUAUGGAGGAACAAAGAGGAUUUACCUGAUGAUCUUGUCUUUCACAUUAACUACCUAGGAUCUGAUCAACCAACUUUCACCCUCAAUUUCUCCAAAGGCUCUAGUCAAAUUAUUGCUCAGUAUUACCAGUUUCUACGCCUCGGUUUUGAGGGUUACAAGAACAUAAUUGAGAACUGCAUGGUGAAUAUGAAAGUGCUUAAACUAGGAAUAGAGAACACCGGGCGGUUCAACAUUGUGUCUAAGGACGUAGGGGUGCCUCUGGUGGCGUUUAGUCUAAAACAAGGCAGCAAACAUACGGUUUUUGAGUUAGCCGAGAACCUGAGGAGGUUCGGAUGGAUCCUCCCGGCUUAUACGAUGCCCGCGGAUGCGCAACACAUCGCGGUGCUACGUGCGGUGAUCCGCGAGGAUUUCAGCCACGGCCUGGCGAAAAGACUUGUAGAACACAUCCAGCUGGUCCUAAAGGAGAUGGAUGCCCUGCCCGGUCGCAGCAUUCCGCAUAAGAAAACGGAGAGGGAGACUCAGGAAGAGAUCUUCAGGUACUGGAAACGGCUCGUCGACCGCAAGAAGACCGGUGUCUGUUGAUUUCGUCGCGGGUGGGAGUCCUUCAUCUAGAUUUGCCUUCCCAGAUGAUGAUAUGUUAUUACUUGUUUUGAAUAAACAUUUGAAUUCAUGUAAUAUGUAUGUUUAUUCAGGCCCUGAUGCUUGAAUUGGAGUGUCAGAUCAUCACUCUGUAUUAAAAUGCACAUUCAUUGUCUUCAUUGUUUCGAUAAAUAUCAAUUUUAGAUUUU